AUGGCCGCGCCGGGGUCAGCGAUCAAGCACACCUUUUCUUCUCUCCUGAAGCAAAAACCACCAAAGACUAGUCCGACAAAAUCUAGGGGUCCUAUGGCUGUUUCAAUGAGGGAGGUGGAUCCUGUUUUUCAAGGUGCAGGUCAAAAAGAUGGAUUGGAAAUAUGGCGGAUUGAAAAGUUACAGGCUGUUCCUGUUCCCAAGGAAUCAUAUGGGAAAUUUUUCACAGGAGAUUCCUAUAUAGUACUGAAGACAACUGCCCUUAAGAAUGGUUCUUUUCGGCAUGAUAUCCAUUAUUGGCUCGGCAAAGAUACCAGUCAGGAUGAAGCUGGUACUGCUGCAAUCAAGACUGUGGAACUCGAUGCUGCUCUUGGUGGAAGAGCUGUCCAAUACCGUGAAAUACAGGGAAAUGAGACUGAGAAAUUUCUUUCGUACUUUAAGCCGUGUAUUAUACCAGAGGAAGGUGGUGUUGCAUCUGGCUUCAGGCACGCUGAAGUAAAUGAGCGGGAGCAUAAAACACGAUUAUUUGUCUGCAGAGGAAAGCAUACUGUUCAUGUUAAAGAGGUUCCUUUUGCACGAGCAUCACUCAACCAUGAUGACAUAUUUAUUUUAGAUACAAAAUCUAAGAUAUUCCAAUUCAAUGGAUCAAAUUCAAGUAUUCAGGAGAGGGCUAAAGCACUUGAGGUUGUGCAACAUCUUAAAGAUACCAACCAUGAUGGGAAAUGUGAAGUAGCGGCGGUUGAGGAUGGAAAGUUGAUGGCAGACGCUGAUGCUGGUGAAUUCUGGGGUCUCUUUGGCGGAUUUGCUCCUUUACCAAGAAAGACGUUUUCUGAACUCAACGGGAAAGAUUCUACUUCCACUUCAAAAUUGCUUUGUGUCAAUAAGGGCCAAUCAGCUCCUAUUGAUUGCGAAAUUCUAAAAAGAGAGCUGUUAGAUUCAUCAAAGUGUUACCUACUAGACUGUGGUUCUGAAAUUUAUGUCUGGAUGGGUAGAGAAACAACUCUUGAAGAAAGGAAACGAGGAGGCUCGGCUGCUGAGGAAUUACUACGUGAAGGAAACCGGCCAAAAUCUCAUAUUAUUCGGCUCAUGGAAGGAUUUGAGACUGUUACAUUCAAAUCAAAGUUUGAUAAAUGGCCCAAGAAAGCUGAUGCAGUUGUCUCGGAUGAAAGCAGAGGAAAAGUGGCAGCUCUUCUUAAGCGACAAGGAUUUAAUUUUAAGGGUCCAGCAAAAGCUGCUCCUGUAAAGCAAGAGCCUCAACCUCAGAUUGAUUGCACUGGCAAUUUACAGGUUUGGCGCGUGAAUGGCAGUGAUAAGACUUUCCUUUCGUUCUCUGAGCAAUGCAAGUUUUACAGUGGAGACUGCUAUAUCUUUCAAUACACCUACCCUGGAGACAAUGGAGAUGAAUGCCUUAUUGGUACCUGGUUUGGGAAGAAGAGUGUCCAGGAGGAAAGAAGUGCAGCCAUUUCACUAGCUGACAAGAUGAUUGAGUCUUUAAAAUUCCAGGCUGCUCUGGUUCGCGUUUAUGAAGGAAAGGAACCCAUUGAAUUUUUCCCAAUAUUUCAAAACUUGGUUAUAUACAAGGGAGGUACAAGUACUGGGUAUAAGAAAUUUGUCUCAGAAAAUGGCAUUGAAGAUGAUACCUAUUCAGAAAACGGGGUUGCACUUUUUCGAGUUCAGGGCUCAGGGCCAGAGAAUAUGCAAGCUAUUCAAGUUGACACGGCAGCAUCGUCGCUGAACUCUUCUUAUUGUUACAUACUGCAUGAUGGAGAUACAGUAUUUACAUGGAUCGGUAAUCUAAGCUCAUCAAUGGACCAAGAGCUUGCUGAGAGGCAGCUAGAUGUGAUCAAGCCAAAUUUGCAGUCCAGAAUGCUCAAAGAAGGAUCUGAAUAUGAUCAGUUUUGGAAGUUACUUGGAGUCAAGUCUGAGUAUGGCAGCCAGAAGAUUGUGAGGGAUCAAGAAAGUGACCCUCAUUUAUUUGCUUGUACUUUUAUAAAGGGGGUGCUUAAGGUCAGAGAAAUAUUCAACUUCACUCAAGAUGAUUUGAUGACGGAGGAUAUAUUUAUUUUGGAUUGUCACUCAUGUGUCUUUGUAUGGGUUGGACAACGUGUGGACUCAAAAAUACGAGCACAAGCUUUGAACAUUGGAGAGAAAUUUCUAGAACUUGACAUUCUAAUGGAGAAUGUAUCACGAGAAACACCACUUUAUGUCAUCACUGAAGGAAGCGAACCCCAAUAUUUCACCAGGUUCUUCAGUUGGGAUUCAGCAAAAUCAGCAAUGCAUGGUAACUCAUUUGAAAGGAGGCUAUCUAUAGUGAAGGAUGGAGUAAAACCAAGAGCAGAUAAACCAAAAAGAAGGCCAACAACAUCGACACACAUUGGAAGGUCUAGUGUACCUGAUAAAUCCCAACGUUCCAGAAGUAUGUCAUUCAGUCCUGAUCGUGUAAGAGUCAGAGGAAGGUCGCCUGCUUUCAAUGCAUUGGCUGCUAACUUCGAGGACCCAAAUGCUCGAAACCUAUCAACUCCUCCACCAGUUGUUAGGAAACAACUUCCGAAGCCUGUAUCUCCUGAUUCUUCAAAGCCACCUCCAAGGACAGCUUCAAUCGCUGCAAUUUCUUCUACUUUUGAGCGGCCUAAAGCAACUCUAAUACCAAAGUCAAUAAAAGCGAGCCCUGAUGCAAGCAAGCCCCAAAUUGAAGCGAGCAAACCUAAACUAGAGACGAACGCCAAGGAAAUGAACCCUACAAAGGAUAGUCAAAUUGCAGCUCCUACAGUAGAGGAAGAUGUAAAAGAGAGUCAGGCAGAUGGUCAAGCAGGGCUUCCUAUAUACCCAUAUGACCGCUUGAGGACAUCAUCCACCAAUCCCCCCACAGACAUUGAUUUUACCAAGCGAGAGACAUAUCUGUCUUCGUCGGAGUUCAGAGAAAAGUUUGGGAUGACAAAGGAGGCAUUUGGGAAGCUACCAAAGUGGAAGCAGAACAGGCUCAAGAUUGCCCUUCAGCUGUUCUGA